AUGAUUUUCGCCGCCAUCCCCGACUCGUCAGAAACGACGCCGAUCAGCACCAGCGCGAAACUCGUAGCUUGUAUCGCCGUCUUCAUCCUUUUAGGAAGCCUAAUCUCAGCCAUGGGCUACUACCUGAUCAGAAGCAUGACAUUCAUCUGUUCUCAGAAGAAAGAAUUCGAAGAAAAACCGAAACCCCCGAUUCUUCAAUUCGACCUCACUCCCAGGAUCACAAUCGAAGAGUCGAUCGAUUUCGUGGUGCCUGCCCUUCAGUCCCCUAGAACUCUGAUGGCGGGCGCCGGGAUGUUCGAGUCGGGCUCGACGGAACAACUUCAGAAGAAUCUCUACGAGCCCACCGCUCGAGCUUAUCGCCCACCGAGCAUAGGCUUCACCGUGGAAUACGAUCGCGAGGUUAGCUCGACUCUCACCGUCCGAUUGAAUGGCGCAAAAGACAUUCCACCGUCGAAGCUCGGAGUCAAUCCCAUCGUGAAGAUCUCUCUUUCACCGGACAAGAUCAAGCACGUUUCUCGACUCCAAAGAGACACGAUACGCCCCGUUUUCGGCGACGUUUUCCAAUUUGAUCUCCCCGAGGACGCCAACAUCGAGACGCGAUCUCUGAAGUUCACACUCUACGAUCAAGACAAGCUGAACAAACGUCCUCUCGGGAGAGCGGUUUUCCCUCUGAAGAAAACAAUGCACCAAUCAGAACGAUGGAUCUCACUUAAUGUUCAGCAGUGCAGAGAGCGAUCCUACGGCGAAGUCACUGUUCAGCUCGAACAGAAUGACGCUUUGUUCGUUUGUUCGUUGCUCUCCGUAAGAGGAAUUCCGAACGAUAUAUUCGUCCACGUCAAGCUGGGCGUUUACGUCAAUCACAAGCCAUACAAGAAAGUGCGCUCCAGUGCCUUCCAGGCUCUCGGAGGAAUCAUGAGUCUGAAGGAACGGAUCGAACUCCAAAAAUCGGAUUUCGGUCGGAAUGACUUGUCUACGCUGCAGAUCAUUGUGAGUCUCCAUAGCAGGAAGAAACGGCUAGCCAAAUGCCACAUAGGCCCGAGGAGCUCCGUCGACGGCAUGGAACAUUGGGCAGAAAUGCUGCUGCGGAACAACGCGAUCAAAGCGCAUCGCUUUCUCUCGGGCUGA